AUGCAGGCUCAAAAUAUCUCUACCAUAGUUGCUGUCCUUGAAAGAAAGACUGUUAUAUCUCUUGACAUGGGACUGUAUCUUCCUGCUAAAAAGCUCCAGAUGGCUCGAAAUGACUUAAACCACCUCAUUCUCCGUCCCGGUCACGAUGAGUUGCACAUUGUCAUGGCCAUGCAAAGGACGAUCGGUGCGUACAUUGAUAGUAGUGGGAUCGAUAUGUGUUGGAUAGAAUCAGAACUGUACGGCCCCUCCACUGUUAAGCAGAUUCUCGAUGGUAAUCAUGUUAAAAGAGGUGAAAAAGCGCACAUGAUCACCUUACAGGCAUGGUUUCCAUUGUGGGAAAUGGGUGAUGGGUUUCCUGAAACUUUGCCAGAACGGCGCCGGUGUCUUGAAAAUUUAUCAAGAGAAUUUAUUGAAGCAUUCAGAGAGGGCACGAAAGAAAGAAUAGAGAGAGCCCCACCCUUCGUGGGCGCCUUUAUUUCCUCGAAAGUCAUUGAAAAGGUGUUAGAGUUCGACACUGCAAACAAUAGAAGUCCUUUGUUUGUAGUGAUGCGACACUAUAUGUGCAUGAUAAUGAAAGUAUUUGCCUUUAUCAGAUCAGUUCGAAGCGGUAACUGGAAAUUGCAUCUGACCACACUGGAACAGUUCACAGAGUCCUUCUUUGCCCACAACAGGCUCAAUUAUUCUCGUAUGAUUCCACUAUAUCUUGCUAAGAUGGCUUCCCCUGAAGCAUCAGAUCCCUAUAUUCACCAAGAGUUCAUGAAUGGAAAUUGGGUUAUCAACAAGAAUAAUAGAGUUUCUUUCUGUGCAGUUGGAGCAGACAACGCCUUAGAGCACCUAAACCGUUCCAUGAAGGUGUCUGGAGGACUGGUUGGUAUUACACAGAGUGAAAGGGCCCGAGCAAAGUUUUCCCUGAUUGCUCCAGAGUUAGCAAAGCUAGCUUCAGAGGCAAUAUCCUUGGCUGGCGUGUCUUUGCACACUCCAGAACAACAUCAUAACCUUUCCGCUGCUAUUGUAGCAAGGUGUACAGAAGUUAAUAGCAGCAAUUAAGAGCUUUACAAAUGCUUUUUCGGUAAGCAAGGAUUCAGCUUCUAACAAUGACCUGUAUAAUCUGGUAACCAAAGUGGUCAUGUCCAACGAAAUCAAGUACGACUUGUGUCAACAGAGUGAAACAGGUAGAAAACUGUUCAACACUUUUGCAGAUGAAAACAGGAAAGGUUAA